UUUUUUUUAAUAUUAGUUAUUAUUUUACGAAUAUAUUUCAGGAUCUAAUCUUCCUUCACGAUAAUAUACCGUACGAGUCUAUCAGUAGUUACGUAACAAUUUAUUUUUGGAAGCGUCAAAUAUUUCGUUCAAUACUAAACAAAUACUGCAUAGUAGUUACAUGUAGUACUUGUUUGCGAAUGGUUUCGGAGCAAGUGUCUAGAUUAAUUUCUUGUUUAGUAAACUACACGUAUUUCAAGGCGAAUCCCCGCGUUCGUUGAUAUAAUUGAUUCACCGUUCAGUGUCCCGUAGAAGAUUGUCGAAGUAACACGUAUUGAUAACUUUUAGUGCAAUGAGUUUCAACGAGAAAGUCGUGAUAGUGACGGGCGCGAGCUCUGGUAUAGGAGCCGCAAUCGCUGAGAAAUUUAGCAGUGAAGGAGCUCAAGUAGUAAUGGUCGGUCGGAAUGAAACCAAAUUAAAUGCCGUGGCAGCCAGGUGCAAAAAUCCUCUUAUUGUCAAAGCAGAACUAGGCAAGGAGGAAGACAUAGUACGAAUUGUCGACGAAACCAUCAAGGAAUUUGGUAAAAUUGAUAUUUUAGUUAACAAUGCUGGAACGUCUGUCAUGGGUAGCAUUUUACUGGGCGAUAUAUUAAAGUCAUACGACGAAGUAAUGAACGUUAAUUUCAAAGCUAUUGUGCAUUUGACUAAAUUGGCCGCUCCACAUUUAAUUGCGACAAAAGGAAAUAUUAUUAAUAUAUCCAGUAUUGGCGCUGAGAGGACAACCUCCGUACCAUCUUUGAUGAUGUAUUCGUGUUCUAAAGCUGCUUUAAACCAUUUCUCAAAGGAUGUUGCCCUCGAGCUAUCGCCUCAUAAAGUGAGGGUCAAUGUAAUAAGCCCUGGGCCAGUUCGCACUGAUAUUCUGGAAAAUACUGGCACACCCAUUCCGUGGGAUGCUUUUAAGCAGAAGACAGCGCUGGAUAGAAUAUCUGAGCCAGAAGAAAUAGCCGAUCUUGCUUUAUUCCUAGCUAGUGAGAAGGCUAAGGGAAUAACUGGUUCGAUAUAUGUAACAGACAAUGGAAUGUCGUUAAAGAACUAGUUGAUACAUUGUAUUAUGUAAACAACAGUCCAUACUUGCUUUUAAAGAUUUAAUAUAUAUUAUUUAUCAAUGUUACUCAUACAAACCAUUUUUUUAAUUAUGAUACAGCCUAUCUUUUUAUUAUAUCCUAUGAGUUAUCUUUAAUAAAUAGCGAGAUUACUCCAUUAUGAUGUAUACAAACUUGAAUAUGAUUUAUAUUGAAUAAAGUAGAAAACUAAAAUAUU